AUGUCAGUUGAUCCAAAACAAAGUAAAAUUGCCGAUGUUUUUGAAAGAUGUGAUGUUUUAGAAAGUUUUCCAAUUUUUGAUGACCAAUCAGAAAUCGAAGCACCAUCAACAACUAUAGGAUAUGAAACAUACGACAGUUCAUUAAACUAUGCAGAUCGUGGAGCAUACGAAACUCAAACAUGGUCAGAGGAAACUAUAGCUAUGGAAAAGAUGGAGGAAGUUUUAAAGAUGGGUGAUCAAUUUAUCAAUAUGGUUUAUACAUAUCGUUCAUGUUCAAAAGCAUUACCAACUGUUAAAACUGCUGAUCAAGCAAACAAAACUCAAAUUUAUGAAGGUACCUUUGAAGUAUUAGAACCAGAAAUUAAAAAAUUAAAGGAUUUUAUGUAUUUCCAAAAAGAUACAAUCAAAUUAUUUUGUGAUCAUGUCAAGAAAUUAGCUGCUUCCUAUGAUAAAAAGAAAGAGACCAUCGUUGCAUCGGAAUCAUUUAUAAAUUAUUUAAUUCGUAUAUUAGAUUUAUUAGCAAUUUUAGAUGCAUUAAAAAAUAUGAAAGCUUGUUUAAAUAAUGAUUUUUCUUUCUUUAAAAGAGCUACUGGAUUUUUAAGAAAACAAAUGUCAGGUACAGAAGAUCAAACUCAAGAAAAUCAUACAUUAUAUUUAUUUUUAGCAAAUCAAAAUUCAAUUACAUCAUCAUUAAAACUUGAAUUACACAAUAUUGGAAAUGAGGUUUUACCAACCAUUGUCAAUCAAUGUGCUGAUUAUUUAGAACAAGACAAGUUUAUUUUACCAUCAGAAAAACAUUGUUUACUUAGAGUUAUGCCAUUCGCAUUGUUUUUAAUUGAUGAAAAUGACAGCAAACACAAUAUCAAUAAAAAUAAGAAUCUCAACAUCUCUCGUUACGCUAAAAUCUUUAAGAAGCAUCCAGUUGUUCCACUCUAUGGUGAUAUGCAAAUUACACUCGAAUCAUUAGUUAAACGUUCUCCACACUUUGAUGAAAAAGCUUGGGGUACCACAACCUUGGAUUCAAAAUCUGCUCUUGACUAUGAAAUCAUUCAUGUUUUAGAUCAAACUCGUUCAUUCUACAAUGACUAUAUGGCUCGUUUCGCAAAUAUGAUCAAUGAAAUCAAAGCAGCCAAAGCUCGUGGUCCAAAAGAACCUUUACCAAUUUCCGAUAAUGAUAUUGAACAUAUCACAUUGGUUGGUCUUCGUGCUCUCUCUGAUUGGAGUUCAAAAGUACUUCAACAAAGUGCUUGGAAAUAUUCAAGACCAAACAAUGAUCCAAAUAUUUCAGCAGCUUUCGAUUAUGAACGUGUAGUCAAAUUUAAUUACACCAAGGACGAAAGAACUGCUUUAGUUCAAUUUAUUGCUAUGAUCAAAUCAUUAGCUACUCUUAUGGUAAAAUAUGAAUCCUUACUUCAACCAAUCCUUCGUAAGCAUAUCCAUCAUGAAAUUCAAGAGUUUAUCCAAGUUAAUCUCAAAGAAACUAUUAAAUCAUUCAAUAAGAACAAUCCAAAAAAGAAAGAUAACAUCAAGUUAGAAAUGGCUCAAUUAAAGAAUAUUGCUGUCGAUUGGUUCAAUGGCGUCGAACCAGCUGAAGCUGCUCCAUCAAAGAAAUCAAAAGAAGUUGAAGAAAAAGUUCAAAUCCCAGCUCGUGCAGUUCCACCAUCACCAACUCAACUCGAAUUAAUUAGCACUCUUGUCAGUAGUCUUAUGGAUAAAAAGAAAGAUUUCAGCUCAACUCAAUAUCAAGAGUUUGAACAAUUCCGUGAGAAAGCUUUCUUUUAUCGUUAUCUCUUAAAUCUUUCUAGCACUAUCAACUCCAUCACCGAUUUGGCCGAUCUCUGGUAUAGAGAGUUCUAUUUAGAAUUAAAUAAUCGUGUUCAAUUCCCAAUUGAAACUUCACUCCCAUGGAUUCUUACAGACCACAUUUUAGAAAGUGACGAUCCAUCACUCUUUGAACAUCUUUUCUAUCCAUUAAGUCUCUAUAAUGAUACUGCUCAUCGUGCUCUUCAAGAAUUAAACCAACGUUUCCUCUAUGAUGAAAUUGAAGCAGAAUUAAAUCUUUGCUUUGAUCAAUUACUCUACAAACUCUCUGGUAAAGUUUAUACUCAAUUCAAAACUCAAGCUUCUUCAAUCCUUUUAGAUAAACCAUACAAAGCUCAAUUAGAGUUGGCUCAUUUCAAUGGCAAACUUCACUCACCAAAAGCCCGUUUCGAUGUUUUACUUCGUCAAAAGCACAUCACUUUAUUAGGUCGUUCUAUCAACUUGAAUGGUUUACUUGCCGAAAGACAAAACACUCUUAUUAGACAAAAUUUAGAUUAUGCUCUCAGCAGAUUUGAAGCUAGCGAUUUAACCUCAAUUGUCGAAUUAGAAACCCAAAUCACCAAUAUCAAACUCACCCAUAAACUUUUAGCCGAAUACUUUGACCUUGAUCCAUUCGAAUCUAUUUUCAGUGAAGUUAAUGAAUCCACUUCAUUGGUUUCAUAUCAUGGUCGUAUUGUACUCCAUAUCAUUUUCGAAUUAGUUGCUGACUUUGCACCAAAUUAUACAUUCAACAGUGUCACCCAACGUUUCAUCAAAGCACCACAUGUUUUCACAGAGGAACUUAAAAGAGAUGCACUUCCAAAAACCAAUCCAAUCUUUUUAUUUGGUAAUAAAUAUUUAAAUGCUGCCUAUGCCAACUCUAUCGAACUCUACAAAAACUUUAUUGGUGUUCCACAUAUCCAAUCACUCUUACGUAUGGUUACCAAAAAGAAUUUACCAUUAGUCGUUGCCGAAGUUCUUCGUAAUAUUGAAAUUAAAACAACCAAUGUUCUUUCACCAUAUGUUUUAGAAUUACUUCAAGGUAUGCCAGCAAGUACUAAAUUACCAAUCUAUGAUUAUGGUACUGAAGGUGGUUAUGGUUAUUUCCAACUUAAAUUAAAAGAUAUUUAUACCUACCCAGAUCUUCGUCCAGAAGUAUUACAAACUUUCAGAGAAUUGGGUAAUAGUAUUGUAUUUAUGAAUAUCUUGGAUCAAGUUAUUAUUCAAACUGAUAGUUAUAACUUUAGUAAAGCUGCUCCAUUCCUUGGUAUUACCCCAGAAACAUGGUUUAGCGAUCAAACACCAGGCGAAGACCCAACUCUUAACUCACCAUUAUAUUCUCAACUUCAAAAAUUAGCCCAAUUACUCGAAGAUAGACCAGAGGUUGCUAAAUCAAUCGAAUCACUCAGAGAUAUCGUUGCCAAUGCUUGGAGAGCCGAUAAAUUCUAUCGUCCAUCAGAAAAUAAUUUCUCACUCUUUAAAUCAUUCCUCCAACGUUUCUCAUCAAUUCUCAGUAUUGUUCGUCAUGAUUGGAGCGGUCAAGCCCCAGAUAAUGGCGUUAUUUGUGUUGAUAGUAGUACCGAAUUUUAUCGUUUAUGGAGUGCUCUUCAAUUUGUCAUUUGCUGGCCAUUAUCAAAUGAAAAUGAUAAAUCUUUCCACGAAUUAUUUGGUGACGGUUUAAUGUGGGCUGGUUGUUCUUUAAUUCAUUUCCUUGGUCAACAAUACAGAUUUGAACUCUUUGAUUUCUGUUACCAUAUUUUAAAUGUUGAAGAAGCUGCUGCUGUUCGUUCAGAUAAACCAGCUCUCAAAAACUUUUUCAAAAAUGCUCAACUUAUCAAAGAUAUUAAUAAUCAAAUUUUCAGUGUUUUAAAUACUUAUUGCCCACCACCACCACCAUCAAAUAUGAUUCUUUCUCCACCAGCUACCGAGCAAGCCGAACAAUUCAUUGUAACUACAACCGUUGAAGAAUCAUCACCAUUACCACAAUCACAACAAUCUUCAUCUCCACCACCACCACCACCAUCAGCAGUUCAAUCAAGUUCUCCAAAUAGUGGUUUACCACCACCACCACCACCACCACCAUCAUCAAUGGACUACGAUAACUCAUCUAUUGAUGAUUUCGCCCCACCACCACCAUUUGGUAUGCCACCACCACCACCAAUGUAAAAAAAAAAAAAAAUACAAUAACAACAACAACAUUAUAAUAAUAAUAAUAAUAAAAAUAAUAAUAUAUAAAUUAAAUAGCAAUAAUAAUUUAAAAAAUUAUUUUGUGUACAAAGAAUUUUUAUUAUUACAAAGUUCUUGUUUUUUUUGUACAAUAUAGUUAUAUAUACAGAUAAAUAAAUAUUUUAU